AUGACAAACAGUUUUGAGACAGUUUACAAUGUGCCACUGACUUGUCAAUCUUGUAUUGACUCUGUGAGCAAAGCAAUUGAGAAAAAUGAAGGUAUCGAAGGUGUCAGUUGCGAUUUGAAGGCACAGACAGUUUGUGUGAGGGGCACCACACCGCCAUCACAGAUCAUUGCGUCAAUUCAAGAUACUGGCAGAGAUGCAAUUAUUAGAGGUACUGGUAAGCCUAACUCUGCGGGAGUUUGUAUAUUGGAAGAUUUUACAGAACACAUAUCAGGGAAUGACAACAAGAGAGACGUGUAUGGAUUAGCCAGAAUCAUCAAAAUCAACGAGGAUGAAAGCUUUGUUGAUUUAACCUUGAGUGGGAUGCAACCUAAAUGCUCAUACUUUGCCAGCUUUAGAGAGAGUGGCGAUCUAAGCAAUGGUGCAUUAAGCACGGGUAAAUCCCUUUACAAUUUGCCUAAGGUUACUAGUGACAAUGACGGGAAUUGCCAAGAGUAUGUAUCUGUUCCAUUGCCAUUGAGUCAGUUGAUUGGUAGGGCAAUGACAGUGAGUAGGGAUGAAUACAAGGUGUUUAAAGAUUCAAUGGCGGGUGUCAUUGCAAGAAGUGCAGGAGCUUGGGAGAAUGAUAAGUAUGUUUGUUCUUGUACAGGUAAAAAUAUCUGGCAAGAGAGAGUCGAUGCCAAAUUACGUGGUAUUAAUUGA